AUGUCAUUUCAGCGGCUACAAAAUGGUCACGUGCGAGAUUCACUGGGGGGCAAGAUUGAUGAAUACCUUGAUCAUCGAGAGUUGCCAAUGUACAAAGACAAGCCAUACAAUUACUCCGCCUCGAGUAAGACGAAACCUAUUUAUAAGCGAUGGAGAACGAUCGCUGGCAUUGCUCUUGCAACUGUGACUCUUCUUUAUUGGCUUGGAUCCUCAAAUUCAACUGAUUCAAAACCCCAUGCUAAACCCAACAAAAGUGGCUCGUGGGGCUGGUCUAACAAGAAACUAGGCAUUGACUGGAACUCACGUCGUGAAGAGGUCAAGGAGACUUUCGUAUACAGCUGGAAUGGCUACGAGCAAUAUGCGUGGGGCUUUGAUCAAUAUCGACCGCUCUCGAAAGAUGGAGCGCAGAUGAAUGAGCAGGGGAAGGGCCUAGGUUGGAUUAUUGUCGACGCUUUGGAUACCAUGAUGAUCAUGAAUUUGACGUCUCAGUUAUCACACGCUCGAGAAUGGAUAUCUACUUCGUUAAAUUAUGACCAGGACUAUGAGGUCAACACCUUUGAAACAACAAUCCGUAUGAUGGGUGGCCUGCUCUCCGCUCAUUAUUUGUCCAACUCGUUUACUGAUUUGGCAAACGUGAAAGACGACGAUAAGGGCGCCCCUGGUGAGGACCUGUACCUUGAAAAGGCCACCGACUUAGCCGACAGGUUGAUGGGUGCCUUUGAUUCUCCAAGUGGGGUGCCUUUUGCUAGCGUCAAUCUUCAGACCUCCUUAGGCAAAGGAUCGCAUGUAGAUGAUGGCGCAUCAUCGACAGCAGAAGCAUCAAGUCUGCAAUUGGAGUUCAAGUACUUGGCCUACCUAACUGGGGAGAAGAAUUACUGGGAGAAGGCAGAGAGGGUGAUGGAAGUUAUCGACGAUAAUGGGAGGCAGGAUGGUCUCCUUCCAAUCUUCAUAUAUCCAACAACUGGUACCUUUAUGGGAGAGAACAUACGACUUGGCAGUAGGGGAGAUUCAUACUACGAAUAUUUAAUCAAGCAGUAUUUGCAGACCGAAGCAGAGGAACCCCUCUACGAGAACAUGUGGAGCGAAUCCUUAGCUGGGAUAAGGAAACACUUAAUAACUUACUCGAACACGUCACACCUGACCGUCCUGGCAGAACGCCCCAGCAAUCUUGAGGGCGCAAUUUCCCCAAAAAUGGAUCAUCUAGUCUGCUUCAUGCCUGGUACUAUUGCACUCGCCACGACUGGAGGUGUGACGGUCAAUGAAGCCAAAGCUGCCGGAAAGUGGAACGAACAACAAGAAAGUGAGCUGCGCCUGGCCCGAGAAUUGACGAAGACUUGCUACGGCAUGUAUAAAGUCAUGGCUACGGGUCUUGCCCCUGAGAUUGCUCACUUUGCGUUGAGCGAGCCACCACAUAUGGAAUCUGACGGCAUUCUUGAAUCAGCCGAGCUAACCGACGACCCGGAAGCUGAAUGGCGGAAGGAUUACGAGAUCCAUCACCAAGACAACCACAAUUUACAACGCCCUGAGACGAUCGAGACCUUGUUCUAUAUGUACCGCAUCACUGGGGACGAGAUGUACCGCGAAUGGGGGUGGGAAAUCUUCCAGAAUUUCUUGAAAUACAGCAAAGCAGAUGAUAACGCUGGUUAUACAAGUCUAGCACACGCGAAUGAAAUACCGCCGAUAGAAAAAGAUAAUAUGGAAAGUUUUUGGCUGGCCGAAACGCUCAAGUACUUUUACCUACUGUUCUCACCCCCUGACUUCCUACCGCUGACAUCGGUUGUCUUUAAUACUGAGGCACAUAUCUUUCCUCGCUUCAAACUGGCCAGAGGGCUGCAAACGGGUUGGGAACGGACACCUCGAGAUGCGCAAGGUGUUAUGCAAAAGGCGUUUAAGAAGUCCAAGACUCUUAUUGUCCAGAAGCCGUUGCAGCACGAGACAGCGCCCUCCUCUCUACCAGACGAACAAAAAGCGGGGGAAGGUCAUGUAGGGUUGUCAGGAUAA